UAUAUUAUUUUAAUAUCAAUCACAUAUAUUGCUGCGACAUUUGGGAUACUUUUCAAUAUCUUUUGGAAAGUUACAGGCGGGAUGGAAUACACACCUCGUCCCCAAUUGCGCAUUAUUCCCGCAGCGGAGGGAAGCACAAAUCGCGACGCAUUUUCUUUCCCCCGUCCACUAAAUAUUCGUGGAGAUUUGGAAUAUGUGACUACUACAGCAACUAGGGGGACGGCAUCUGUCGCAAAUUCCAGACUUAUUGGAUCAGAGGAACCUUUGCUGUUCGUUGUUCAUCCGUUAUCAAUGAUCCGUCCAUUGCGCAAACAUGUGUACAAGAAAAUAAGUGAAGUGAUAGAGAUGUUGAUCGCAAAUUUGCAGUUGAAGGGGCUAUCUAGGGAUAUGGUACUGUCUAGGCUAAAUAGAACAGCUUGGUUCCUCAAGUUAUUCGACUGUGAGGGGAUUGGAAUGUUGAUUAAUAUAUUUAAGACAUAUCUAUAUUCCUCCGACACUCUCGCAGUACCCUUGUCAUUUAAAGACAUUUAUGAAGUAUAUAAGAGUGAUAUGGCACGAACAUAUUCCAAUGAAGGUUUUAGACUGGGAACGAAUGCUGAAAUAGAUAACAAAAAGGCAUUUAUUGUAGGAAGUAUCGAUUUCACUGAGGAAACAAUCAUGUCAACGUACAGAGUUCCUUCUGAUUCUUUAAAUAUUGAACAUCAAACGGCUUCUGGCUGGAGAUCAAAUCACUUUAGGAAUUUUCAUCAGAUUCCCGUACUAACAGAAAGUGCUGAUAAUCUCCAGUCUUCUUCAGCUUCUAAUCGCCAGUUCUUUGUAAGUUAUGGGAAUUUAACACUUUUUAAGUCGUUCUUACCGAAACUAAAGCUCCUUCUCAAGAGAAAACAACAUCACAUUAAUGAUUUGCAAAAGGGAUUAAAGGCAAAAGAGAAACUGGUCGCAGAAAAGCAGAGACUUCUAGUGAAGAAGGCUCAUAAACUCGUAUACAAGAACAUAAAGUUUAAAAUUACAAGUUUUGAGAAUGUUUUGGUGAAAAUGGAAAAUAUGUUUGAUGUAGAAUAUUCAGACUCUAAAUAUGCAAAAUCACUCGCAGAUUUACACAAAAAUAUGAAUCUAAUAAACCAUUUUAUUGCAAAAAUAUAAUAAAUUUGUAAGUAUUUGUU